AUGGCACAGUACGGAUACGGUGGGCAGCAGAACCCCUUUGACGAGCGGAACAGCGCCGUCAAUAACAACUAUGGACAACCAGACUACGGAGAUGAAUAUGGCUCAAAUGUCGAGAUGGCUUCGCUCACCCAAAACCAAGGUGGUUUUGGAGGCGGAAAUGCGAACUCUAUCCUGGGCGAGGUCACAGAAAUCAACCGUGGAAUCGACAUGAUUGACCGAAAUCUUGACCAACUUAAGAUGCUUCAACAAAGAGCCCUCGACGAUGCCGACGCCUCCGCUUCUAGCAACACCAAUCGCCAACUGGAUGCCCUCAGCUCCGAGACCAUGGCCCAUUAUAGAUCGCUCACCGACCGCGUCCGACAAUUGAAGAGUAACCCUGAGAGCCAGCAGAAGUUUGCUCAACAAGUUCGUCGCGUCGACAGCCGAUUAAAGGAUGCGAUUAGGGCCUACCAGGGUGUCGAGUCAGCGUUCCGGAAGAAGACCCAAGAACAGAUGGCACGACAAUACCGUAUCGUACGACCCGACGCCGACGAGGAAGAGGUGCGAGCUGCCGUUGAGGAUCAAACUGGUGGUCAGGUUUUCCAGCAAGCAUUGAUGCAGAGCAACCGUCGUGGCCAAGCCCAAGCUGUUCUGAGCGCUGUGCAGGAUCGCCAUGCACAAUUAAAGAAGAUCGAGCAGCAAAUGAUCGAACUAGCGCAGCUGUUCCAAGAUAUGGAUACGCUCAUUAUACAACAAGAAGUUGCUAUUGCCAACAUUGAGCAGAAGGCUGAAGAAGUGGUUGAAAAUCUCGACAAGGGUAAUCAAGAAGUGGGUGUAGCUGUCAAUACUGCUCGGGCGACGCGAAAGAAGAAGUGGAUUUGCUUGGGUAUUGUCGUUGCUAUUAUUGCCGUUAUCGUCAUCAUCGUCGCGGUAUACGUAUCGGUCACAAACGCGGCGAAAAACACGGCCACCAAGCGCGACAUUAUACAACCAAACAUACGGUCAUGGUUCGAAAACGUGGCUGUUCCCCAACUUCUUAGCGAAAGAGCCCAUCCAAGGGCAUUUAUCGCUAGCGGGGAACAUCCAGGCGCCUAA